AUGAUUAAUAUACAUAGUAUAAAGUUUAUAAGAGGCAUAUCAGCAUUAUUGAUAGCACAAGUUAUACUUAGCCGCGGAGCUGUGUUAUUCGAAUCACAGAUGCCUGUGACAAAAUUAGAUUUACCAAGCUCCAAAGUAAAUCCAGAUCUGCUAACUGAAGAUUACAUAAAUACACAGAAAGGAUGGGAUUAUGGUGAUAUAAACACAAAAAAUACUAUUAUUCCUGGAGUUCCAGCUUAUAUGGGAGAAGUUGGAAUAGGCAAAUCAGGUCAUGCAAUUUCAAGAAGUUGCAAUAUUCAUAGAGAAGAUGUGGAUCAGCUUGCAGAGAGAGUAUUUUUAACUCAAGUUGAUAUUCCAGAAUUAUCUGAUUAUGUUACUUGGCAGCAUAUUUGUACUUUUGUAAUAGAUAUUAUAGAUAGUUCUGCUAAUUUUAUGCGGAAUUGCAAAUCUAAAGGAUCAUCUACAUUGUUAGGUAAGAAGGCUACAAAAAUUCAGGAAGUAGCUAUUUUAAAAUUAUGUAAGAGUUUGCCACAAUUCAUGACAUGUAAUGGCAAUGAUGAUGCAGCAGACAAUUUAGCAACUUCUCUUAUGACCCGGACUUAUUUAGCAAUAUCAAAUUCAGCUCGAUCUGCAUUGAACAUUGUUUACUUUUGUUUUGUAGCUGUUAAGAGCAUUAAUCAACCCAGUAAAAGCGAUUAUUUAUCUAGCUGUCGUAAUGGUUUAAAUAAGUUGAUGGAUUUGGAGGAGUUCCGAAGAUUAGAUAUAUCACCCUUGAAGACUGAUGAGAUUUGUAAAUCAACCUGGGUUUAUAAUACAAAAUGUCAGGGCACUACACUAUCCCAUAUAACAACUAAUAUAGCUUUUGAUUUCUUCAUUAUGUUAAGGAAACAUGGUAUCACAAAUGUAAUGGUUAAAGAUAUGUGUCGUUUAGUUGGGGAAUUAUUACCGAGUCUCAAUAUUAUAUAUAAAGAUAAUGAAUAUAAGGUGAAGACCAAAUCCAAGUAUAAAACUCAAUGUCCUUUGUUGCUCAUGCCAUUUAUAGAAAAUGACGUUAGGUAUUUAGAUUCUAUGAAUAAUCGACUCUGGGGACAACCUACUAAAUUUUAUUCAAGAGAAGAAUUGCUUAGGUUACACUACAAUAGAGCUAAGAAUAUAUGUAGCAAGAUGCAUUUCUAUGAUGAAUCAAAUUGGUUUUGGAAAGUGAAAGGUUUUCUAAAUGUUAAUAGUAAAAAAGAUAAGAAAGUAGAAGAGAAAGUAUUGGGUGAGUCAAUGUAUGAUCUAUAUAUGGACUUUAAAUAUGCACUAGAAACAACUUCACGACGUCGUCUGGGUUGGUCAAUUGAUUUGCCUUUGCCAGAAAGUGAAGAGUAUAAGGCAAUGGCAUCUUUGGGUUAUUCAUUAAACACAGUAGAUGUAGGAUCUCUAAGAAAUCCUCAAUAUAUUAGAAUGUUAGCAAUUUUGAAGAAUAAAAGAUAUAUUAUGCCAAAGACAGCCUAUGAAAUUUGGCGAGAUACUAUUUUGGUAAUGGGAAUUGAUAUUAUAGAUUCAUACACUACGAGUAAAAUGUCUUCCAUUAUUUCUAGACCCACAAAUGAUGUUCUAGAUCUUGGGCUUAAUUGUGGUUCAAAUAAUGAGGAAAUAGAUGCUUUAGCUUUGGAACUUUUAAGUGCAGCUCAUGAAAAUAGUUUAACUCGACUUAAAUUUAAACAAUUUUGCCAUUCUGCAAAAAAUCUACUAGGAAUAAGAAAUGAGGAUUUCUUUUCAAGUUGUGUAGAUUCAAUUCGUUAUUUACCUGAAAUAGACCAACAAACUGGAGAUUUCAGUGGUCAAUUCUCCAUUUUAUCUAAUACAUUAGCAGCAAAGUUAUGUAGGAGUACUCUUCGUUGGGAAGCUGCUUCAGUUGGUUUGUCGUAUGCAGCACUAAUUAUACCCCAAAACAUCAAUAAUAUAUCGAAUUUAAAGUCUAGUAAAUCUGAUGAACUUAUAAUAAAGGAUAACCAGAUUUAUUCAUAUGUAAUAAAAACUGCUACAAGGUCAGCAUUAGAAAGGGCUGCCUCAUUAAAUCAAGUCUGUAAAAAUCUACAGCCUCUAUUCAUGAAAAAAGUAGAAUCCGAUGAACCACUUGUAGUUGUAGAGAAAAUUCAACAAGCAGCGAAUUUGUUAUUUAGAAGUGCUGUGAAACUAAUUGAUCAUGAUAAACAUCUUGCAUAUAUCUUAUCAGGAGGAUCAAAGAUCAUUACAUUUGAAUCUUUUUGUGCUUUAGCCAUGGCUUUAUCAAAAAUUGAAAGGCGUUUUCAUAAUGUAGAAUGUGCUAGAAAUAUUCGUCUAAUGUUUACUAGCAAUGUAAUGAUACGAGGGAAGCUUAAAAAAGCAACUAUUAAGUCUCGAUCAGUUGGUAGGAUUUGUAUAACUUCUCCAUUUUAUGAGUAUUGUGGUGAUCCACCAAAUAAAGAGGUUGAUGAAAUAGCUUUUGAUCUUUUGUUGGGAGCUCAAAGGCUUCGAUUAACAUCUAUUACAUAUCGUCAUUUGUGUGGUGUAGUUAGAAAUAUUCGCAGAUAUGAAAUUAAAAGUUUUAUGCCAAGUAAUGAAAACAAAAGUAUGCAAUUUAGUAGCUUUUUCAAUAGUGAUUGUAUAUAUGGUCUUAGAACACUUUCUGUAGCAGCGAGAUAUGCUGAAAGUAUUUGUAGUAAUUCCAAUUUCUGGGUUAUGUGUGGCAAUUAUAUAGAUGCUCCAGUUGAUGCUUUGGCAGCUCAGCUAUAUGCCGGAAUAGUUCAAAAUACUGAUCUUAACAAAGUAAUGACUGUAGGACUUCUCAAGUUAGCUCAGUUCUGUCCAAUUGCAGAUGUGUUAAUUAAUGAAAUUGAUACUCGAUACUUUAAUAGGGAGUGUAUUAAUGCUUUAGCCGCUAUAGGAAUUAUGAAGGAAUUUGGACAAGUAGUUUGUCAAGAUUCCAGAUUCUGGCAAGGAACAUGUGCUGGAAUAUUAGACUUCUCUACACUUUAUAUUCAAACAAUAGAUCCUAUUGCUGGAGGACUAUAUAAUUCUGCUCAGGAUUUGGGUUACUUAGAUAUUGCAUUUGUAGAUUUCUGUACUGUUGCUGAGGAAAUUAAAAAUCUUAGAGAGGUGACGGAAUCUGGUCAAGUCCUUGAAGGUCAUAAGACUUCAAUGUUUUCCUUUGAAUGUCCUCGUAUUUUGGGGUCUGCUUUGCAGACCAUAUCUGAUGAGUAUGCUACUGUGCUUGAAAGAGCUACAACUAGACGCGAAGUAAAAAUUUUUUCUCAAACAGUUUCUGCAGAAAAUUAUGAAAAAGCUACAAUGAUAUGUCAACAUUUCUUCACUGUAUAUGAUGAAGAUUAUGGAGCAUCGCAAGUUGAAGACUACAAAGAUGUACACUUCAGAUCUGGAAUGAUAAGUAAAAGACCUGAACUAUUUAUGCUUAGAGAGCAUGGUAAGAAAGCUGUUAAAGAAUUAAAUCCUAGGGAAUACAAAUCUUUAACUCAUCCUAUGGCACUAAUAGAUAAACAUUCUAUUCCACCACACAGAUACGAUUGGGCCAAUCUCCUUGCUCAAAAGUUUUUUGUACCUGCUAGUAAUUUCGGACAUUAUGGACUUGCUCCCAUAGGUGGUGGAGUUCCCCGCUUCACACCUAUGGGAUCAGGUGGAUCAGUAAUGAUACCAACUAUGGAGAAGGGAUUUGAAGCAAAAAUUCCAUCUCAGGGUGAAUCCUUAUCCUUCUGGGCUGGAGGAGUUUUUGCACCGGAGGGAAAAGAAGUCAACCAAGAUUAUCUUAUAGAAAAAAAAAUUAGAGAUCCUAAUUUAAAAUAAUAAAAAAGAAAAAGGAUUUUAUGACAUCCAUAGGUACCUAUUAUAUUGUAUCUACGACAAAUAUAGUAUAUAAAUAAGGUUCUGGUAUCUUUGGCACCUCAAUAAUUUAU